AUGUACUCUGCUGCUCUCCUUUUUUUACUCGCCCCUCUUGCGAUGGCCAUUCAGAUCACCUCGCCCGCCACCAGUGAUAUGUGGUCGUCUAGCUCGUCUUCGCAAACUGUGGUCUGGCAAGCGGUCUCUACCGAUCCUGACAGCUUCGAAAUCCAGCUGGUCAAUCAGCAAGGAUUUCUGAACAACUCACCCGUCACUCUUGUUUCAAACCAGGCAACCGGCAGCCCCAACGUCCAGAACUCGGCUACUAUCACCUAUCCCUCUGGCACUUGGCCUUCAGGUCGAGGCUUCCAGAUCAAUUUCGUCUCCACGUCAUCGACCACCACGACUCCGGCCAUCUUGGCCCAGUCUGGUCAGUUCAACAUCACCGAUAACGGAUCCGCUUCGACCUCUUCGACGUCUAGCUCAAGCAGCUCUCUUACUUUGCCUACCACUCUCAGCCAUUCGUCUACCAGCACCGCGUCGGCUACCGUGACUGGUUCUGCUUCCGGUACCAGCAACGGUGACGCUUCAGGUGGCAUUCCCAACUCUGUAAGUUAUCUUGGCUUUGGUGAGCUUUGA